AUGGGUUUAAAUUGCCGGAGAGAGAGAGGAAGGUGCACGAGGGGCAGAGGUAGGCGGGGCACAGCAGCAGCAGCAGCAGCAGCAGCAGCAGCAGCAGCAACAGCAGCAGCACUUGCUGCUGCCCUAGUAGUUGUAAAGCCAGUAGCAACAUCAGCAGCAGCAGUUGCGGCAGCAACAGAAGCAGGACCAGCAGCAGCAGCAGCAACACCAACUACAGCAGCAGCAGCAGCAGCGGCAGCAACUGCAGCAGCAGCAGCAGCAGAAAAUUCUUCAGAGCCAAAAGACACGGAGGGCUGGCGGACUCUGACAAACGAACUCAGACUUGCCAAACAGGUUCUUGACGAUCGCCUCCAAGAGCAAACGAAGCAGCUGUCGCUGCUGCAGCAGCAGCUAGACAAAGAGGUGGCGCGAGCAGCAGCAGACCGGCGGCUGCAGCAGCAGACAGAAGCAGAGCUAGCUGCUGCCAAGCAGGAGCUGCAGCAACUCAAACUUGCUGCUAAGAAUAUGCCAACUAAGGGAGGCCCCGGAAGCCGCCAGGAGACAAAAAAAGCUGCAGGAGAACUCGAAAAUGAAGACCUCAAGAAGCUCAUGGAAGAGGUCUUGCGGAACUACUGCGACUCGCAAAGAGAAGCUGAACGGCUGCGGCGAGAACUCACAGAACUCAGGGCCGGCAUUACUGACGCCGCCUACGACGCACUCAAGAAGGAGGCGCGGCAGCUUCAGCGGGAGAUCUGCAGCAGCGAAGCAGCAGCAGCAAGCUGGGGCCAGUUUGCUGCUGUUCUCAGGUGUAUCUGCACCUCCGAUGCAGCUCCUGCUGCUCUAGUGGAGCUGCUUCGUCAGGAAAUUCAAAAAGUAACAGACAAGGGAAUUAUGUCUUACCAGCCAACAGGAAUAGACAGCAAGCUGCUGCAGCAGCUGCAGCAGCAGCAGCAGCAGCAGCAGGGACAGCAGCAGGCGUGGAGGAGCACCUCGCGCAGCUCCAGUGUGGCUAGCCGGAAGAGCAACAGCAGCAGCAGCAACAGCAGCAACAGCAGCAGCAACAGCAGCAGCAACAGCAGCAGCAGCAACAGCAGCAGCAGCAGCAAGGCCAGAAGCAGCAGCAGCAGCAACAAGGCCAAACCCUCAGCAGCACCCUUGGGGGGUUUGCUGCUGCCUCGCGCAACCCCAGCAGAUCUUCAGACCCAGAGGGGCCCCCUUUCUCCUGGAAGCAGCAAGGGGGGCCCCCCUGCUGCUGGGGGCCCACCUGCUGCUGGGGGGCCCCCUGGGGCCCCCGAGCUGGGCCCAAUUAAAUCUGUUAGGCAAAGAAUUGAGGAUUUAAACCUAAGUAGAGCAGCAGCAGCAGCGGCAGCAGGUGGCAGCAGCGGCAGCAGCAUCAGCUCAGUCAAAAAGCCCAAAUAG